UUCUCUCCAGCUAUAUAUAUAAACCUUUUUUGUUACUCUCAAGUCCUAAGCAAAACACAAGCAGAGUAAAGAGAGAGACAAAGUGAGAAAAAAAAAGUGAGAGAAAAUAAAAACGGGAUUGGAUCUUAGUACGGCUUAACUGGUUAUUAAUUUAAAGAAUAUUAUGAAUGAAUGAAAUUAAAAAAAAAAUGGAACGUAGAUGAAUGGAAUAAGGGAAGUUAUAGAAUAAAAAAAUUGAAUUCCAUUCUACUUAUUCAUAAACUUUUUUAACCAUGAAUAUUUUAUAACUACAUUCCAUUUUUUUCUGACAUUUUACAAGGAAUCAUUGGAAUGAGAUUUGUUUUUUAUUCUAUUCAAAUGGUAAAAAAAAUUUAGAAUAUGGAAGAAUAAGCCAUUCCAAACAAUUUCAUUCCAAAAAUUUGUAAUUGAGUUGCACCCUACGUGUAAAUUGCUUGCAAUAUAGCCUAUUAAACAAGCAAGAUCGGCACCGACAAAUCUCCCCAUAGCAAAAAGCUUUAAUUGUCUUGAUUUGAAAAUAACAUUCCAGUAUAAACUAGUUAAUGAAUCAAUGGGAAUGAUGUAUGGUAUGUUGGUUGUUGGCCGCAUACGCCAGUGACGGGUAGACAAGAAUUUGUUAAAACCGGAAAUGAAGAACGGAUACCCAUGACUUUGGCAACCUGAGAUAAGAGUUUGAUGAGAUUUGAUGGCUAAGCAUGGUUGAGUUGAAACAGAGACUCCGUCCUGAAAUAAGAGCUUGAUGAGACUUGAUGGGUAGGCAUGCUUCUAACAACCAAAACCAACGCAAUGCCAUAACAAAUCUAUGUGCUGCCGACUCCGGAAUAAUAUUAUUUUAACAUUAAAACGAGAAAAAGAAGUAAAUAAAAAAAAACGAUUCAGGCUCCUCUAAGAUCGUUCUAGUUAUGUCAUUUUUUUAGAUUCUGCUUAAAGAUCUUACUUUCCCAUUUAAAAGUGAUUUAUAAGACCGAAAAAGAUAAUGGCAAAUGAUGAUGUUAUCUUUCACUAAAUGAAUCAUGAUCACACUUAUAAGUAUUACUAUAUAGUCAUAUAAGUAAUAGUAUCUCACGAAGACACCAAACUCUUCAAUUUUUCAAAGAGUAGCAAAAAAAGAACGAGGGAGCUAGAAAUCCUAAUUCACUUAAAAACAAAAUAUAAAAGUCAUGCUUGAAAUGACGUGUGUAGUGGGCGUUGUUAUGAAUCACCAAAUAGUUUGUAGCCAUUUCUGAUGAUUUCAUCCAUAAAGACUGUUUAUUGCUUCUCAGUGCUUUGUGCCUGUAUUACUCACCACCUCCUUUCCUUAAAAUUUUAUUACUCACUAUUCUUCAGUUUGUUUGUUAUGUAAUCACAUGUACAAUCCUGAUUUGAAGGACCCAACAGAGUUAUAUAUGCAUUUUAACAUGUGUAUAAUAUAUAUAUAUAUAUAUGUUCAUUACAUCGGUUUUAUUAGAGACAAAAUAUCCGGCAAAGUGUCUCUAUUUUAUCUCCUUUUUAGCAAUUACUGCCCUACAAAUUGUUCAGCCACAUAACCCAAAAUCUGAAAGAAAAAAAAAGGAUAAUGGUCCCCACUCUUUCUAAACAGAUAACCACAAACCGAGAGAGAGACUACGCAGUUAGACUUGACUAGUAUCCUCAUUAACACGUAUCUCUCUACACACAAAACCUAACGAAGCUGAGAGGGAGCCUCCUAGUCGAUCGUACCCGAGAAUGCACCGGCUGCUACUUGAAUCCCACGUUGGCGGUGGAGGAGGAGAUGGGUACCUGAGGGACAUGAACUUCGACGCAAACAUGGUGAUCAUACUCUCUGCUCUGCUCUGCGCUUUGAUACUUGCGCUUGGGCUCAAUUCGAUACUCCGGUGUGCGAUGCGAUGCGGCUUCGGGCUAUCCUCAGCGGCAUCGACGGUGGCGGCAGACAGGCCCGGAUUGAAGAAGCGAGAACUGAAGAGGUUUCCCGUGGCCGCGUACGGGUCGAGCGGGGUGGAGAUAGCUACGACGGAGUGCGCCAUCUGUCUGGGGGAGUUCGCGGACGGUGAGAAGGUCCGAGUUCUUCCGCCGUGUAAUCACAGCUUCCACAUGUCCUGUAUCGACACGUGGCUUGUCUCUCACUCUUCCUGUCCCAAUUGUCGGCACUCGCUCAUCGAGUUACACGUGGCAGGAUCAACCUAAACUAUAGCAAGCUGCUCAGAGUGAUUAGUCGUAAGUUGAUUUAGCUAUUUGUCAUAUUAUGGGCUCCUGGUAGCUCUAGCAGUUGUGAUAGUCUAUUACAGUUGUAGACUUUUUUUUUAAGUAAGUAAUCAGUCUUUGCAUACAAUAUGGUUCAUGGGGAGUGAUUUUUUUUUUAAGUA